AUGGACUUUGAUGUAUCGACGCCCUCUGUGACGGAGGCUCUUGGGGAUCUGCAGUUACGUAUGCAAUCUCUGCAGGAAGAUCGGGAGUUGUACCGCGCUUUAGAGGAAAAGGCCUGCACAAACUUUGAACGACACCGGGCGGAACUCACACUAUUACUACAGAAGGAACGGGCCAUUCACGCCGCAGCGGAGGAUCGACUCCGUAGAGAACUCCAACAGCUGCUGGCAGAGAAUGAAACCACACGCAUACAGUUGGCAAGACAACGUAAAGAACAACAAACCCAAAUGCGUGAAGAGUUACUUUUACGACAGGAACAACUUGAAAAGAAUGAGGCGGAAAUGAUGGGUAAACUAUCUGAACUGCGUGAACAGUAUAAUGCCGAACGUACAGAGACGGAUCUCGCCCAGCAGGAGAAGAUGUGGCAUGAGUUGCAAUUACGUGAAGUCCUCGAUCGACAACGAACACUCAAUACAAAACAUCAACAACUAGUACGUGAAAUGGAAGAAAUACAAAAAGAACAAGAACAACAACAACAACGCGAUAAAAGAGGAGGUGGUGGUAGUUGUGGUAGACGACACAGUCCUAGUUUUUUCAUUGAAAAAGUAUUUCUCCCUUCCGGUCCACCCGAUCAGUGCCACACCACCACACCAUCCUCACAUCAUAUCGCCGCUAUUGUUUCUACAGUGGAAAGGCAGAAUUGUUAUAAACCACGUACAUACUACCGUAGACACGGUGUGAUUUCACCAAUGGAUGUACGAUUGGGAAGUCCAACACUUGUCAAAAAUGCUUUUGAGAUGCGACGUCCACCACCGCUGCUCACCAACCUCUCUUCUUCUUCACUAUUACCAGGCGAAAUGGUAACAACAACAACAAAAAGAGGAGGAUGUGGACAUGAGAGUUUCUCACGGAAGGAGGGAAUCAUACCUUUACAACGAUUGACUGUGAACAGCAGUACGGCGACGGGGGGUUCGGGUCGUGUAGUGACGAAUAGUGCCCGUCAUCUCUCUGCUCUCUGUCGUUCUUUACUGCGAGAGAUACUUCAGUUGCGGAAGGAGUAUCGUGAAUACACAACGGCCUUGAAUGAUCCUUCUGUAGACUCCGUAGAGGUAAGUCGACGAAUGCGAAGUAUUAUGACGGAUCUAGAUCGUAAAGUACAUCAACUUCGUAGUCUUCGGCAACAACAAGCGCAGGUGGAGGAUAAGUUGAGAUUGCAUGAUGUGUUAAUGGAAAUAGCAGCAGAGAAUAACUAUUGUGAGGCUAUCUACAGUGACCUCUUGGAGCUUAUUCGUUCUUAA